AUGGUUCGAGCCACGGCCCAGAAACCCACAGUUCUGAGCGAUGAGAAGAUGCAAGUUGUGUCAGCACUUCAAGAUGCCCAGGUGAGACCUAGACAUUCCUCCGAACUAUCCGUUCCACCAUCCCACCUGGAGAAGAUCAUCUCCAUCAUGAGGUUCUUGCUCCAGUCUCAUCUUUCCUUGUUUAUCUUUCCAAUGCUGCUAGAGGCCGUCUUGGGGAAACCCUUCGUCCACUUGGUCCUCUCCCACAAUUCCACCUGCUUUGAUUCUCAAGCUGUGCCUGCGUGCUUUGGCCCGCCUCUCGCACACGUGGGCCUGAGGGGCUACCUCUUUGAAGCAGUGCCUGCAAAUGCCUGCCUCCCUAUAAAAGCCCCGCCCGUCUCCAAAAGCUCUCCCCGAAGCUCCAUUGUGCUCAUCCGCAGGUAUGACUGCCCCUUCAGCAUCAAGGUGCUGCAUGCCCAAGAAGCCGGGUACCAAGGGGCCAUCAUCCACAACCUCCACUCGGACGUGCUGGUGAGCAUGUCCGUUGAAGUUGAAAAGACACGGAUGCAGAUCUUGAUUCCUUCCCUCUUUAUCGGGGAGUCCGCCUCCAAGCUCCUGCGAAAAGCGGUGCAUUCCCAAAACGAAACCGAAGUCAAAGUGGUGAUGCCUCGGGGCUAUUACAAUCCCUGUUGGGACAACAUGGGCCUCUCUGUUUGGGACCCGGCUCGGCAUCACCUGCAAUACUGGCCCGGCCACUGUACGCAGCAAGUGAUCGUCAAGUUCCUCCAGGAGUUUGGACUUGUGAUUCUACUGAGCAUGGGAAUCAGUUUCUUGGUGGUGGCCAGCUGCGUCAAAUGGUGCUGGAGGAAUCGAAGGAUCAAAGUGCAGACCUUCAAAAGAGGGGACAAGUAUGACUUGUGUGUCAUCUGCAUGGCUGAGUACGAAGCAGGCGACCGGCUGAAGGUUCUUCCUUGUUCCCAUGUCUACCACAACACUUGCAUUGACACGUGGCUACUCCUCCAGCCGCAGGCUGGGAAGAUCUGCCCGAUUUGCAAGCAGCAUGUCGACACGGCAGCCUAG